CCACUUCCAAUCAAAGAGUGUGAGCCAAGACAGCAAAAAAGGAAGAUGGCAAGAAUAAUGUUGCUUUUCCUCUUGGGUCUUGUGGCCGUGUGUGCCGUGCAUGGAAUAUUUAUGGACCGACUCUCUUCCAAGAAGCUCUGUGCAGAUGAAGAGUGUGUCUAUACCAUUUCUCUGGCUAAUGCCCAAGAAGAUUACAAUGCCCCGGACUGCAGGUUCAUUAACGUUAAAAAAGGGCAGCAGAUCUAUGUUUACUCAAAGCUGGUAAAAGAAAAUGAAGCUGGAGAAUUUUGGGCUGGCAGUGUUUAUGGUGACAACCAGGACGAGAUGGGCAUCGUGGGUUAUUUCCCCAGCAACUUGGUAAAGGAGCAGCGUGUGUACCAGGAAGCCACCAAGGAAGUUCCUACCACGGAUAUUGACUUCUUCUGCGAGUGAGAAAUUAGUUAAAGCUUCAGUUAGAAAGGAAACUCCGAAAAAUAAAGAAAAAAGCAAAAAUAGCC